AUGGCGUCUGCCAACAACCCCAGUUUUGAGAACAUCACAAACGAAGGCUGCCUUGAGGAGGUGACUGCUGAGGAGCCACAUUUAUCGGCACACGGACAGAAUGAUGUCCCGGAAGCUUUGCAAGAGGUUAAAAGCCCCUCCGGGGGAGCAGCGGUGGAAAACGUCACGGAGAGACUAAAAGCAGGAAAGAAUGUCAAGGAGAAGCAAGGCAACGAUUUCGACAGGCCCGGCCUGAAACGAAAGUCGGAGAGUGACAAGAGGCCAGCUCUGAGAAAAGAGACGCGCCCGGUGGAGCCAGAAAACCAGCCCAUCACGCUGCUUCUCUCCCACAUCCCUCUAAAAAGCCUCAUGGAAGUGGAAAUGAAGCUGGUCUACUUUGAUGAAGGGGAUGUCACCUAUGAAUUUCUGGAGCCCAACGCCUCCGCCGGCACACAGCCAAGCUGUCCAGAAGCUUUAAGCUUAGAUUCCCUGAGGCUGUCUGACUUGAAUGGCCCGCCCCAGAUGGACAAGUGGCUUCAGGUGGCCUUAAAGGACGCCAGCACUUGCUACCAGCAAAAGAAGUAUGCUAUGGCGGCAGGACAGUUCCGAACAGCACUAGAGCUUUGCAGCAAAGGUGCAGCUGUAGGGAAGCCCUUUGAAGCCUCCCCGGAAGAUAUUUCAAGUAUCGCCAGUUUCAUUGAAACAAAGCUUGUAAUCUGCUACUUGAAGAUGAAGAAGCCCGACCUUGCUCUGAAUCAUUCGCACAGGAGCAUUAUCCUGAACCCUGCCUAUUUCCGAAACCACCUUCGCCAAGCCGCUGUGUUCCGAUGCUUGGAGAGGUAUUCUGAGGCAGCCAGGAGCACCAUGGUUGCUGACUACGUGUACUGGCUGGCAGGAGGCAGCGAGCAGCAUACCAGCAAGCUCAUCAAACUGUAUUGGCAGGCAAUGAUAGAAGAAGCCAUCACAAGAGCGGAAUCUUUUUCGGUGAUGUACACGCCCUUCUCAACCAAAGUAACGACUGAAAAAAUAGACAAGUUGAAAAAGGCUUUUGCCAAAAAGCACCCAGAUUAUGAGGAAUAUAUAUAUACAGAUCCCCAUGGACUUCACAGUUUGCCACAAACUGCGGACUGGACCUGUCCUCCUCCCCAGUCAUAUUUGCUCACGCUAGGUUUCAAAAACAAAGAAGUUGGGAAAUUCCUUGAAAAGAUGUCUUGCAGGAAGCUGCCAGCAUUUUCAGAACACAAAGCUCCUUUCAGUCCUCUGACAAAAGAAGAGGCAGGGAGACACCUGGAAACCAUUGGGAAAAGAAUCUUACCAGUAAUGGAUUUCAUUAGAGGCACCAAAUUAACCGAGACAUUCUGUGCGUGUUCAGGGACGAUAGAAAAACUGCAGCACGCCAGCCUCCUUGGCCGCUUGCAGCGCUGCAAGGAGCAGUCCCAAGUGAUUAAUCAAGCCAUGGCUGAGCUUGCAACCAUUCCCUAUCUCCAGGAUAUCAACCAGCAAGAUGCUGAAUUGCUGCAGUCGCUAAUGGCAGAUGCUAUGGACACCCUCGAAGGAAGAAAAAGCGAUAAGGAAUGUGUCUGGAAUAAAAUUCAAAAGGUCGGAAUUAUAGAAGACUUCCUAUACCAAUUAGAAGACAGUUUCUUAAAGACCAAAAAACUUAGAACCGCGAGGAGGCAGAAAAUGAAAAUGAAGCGGCUUCAAAGCGAACAACCCUGCUAGUCCUACUGGGGGAAGAGGCUCCCAACCCAUGGCAGAGAUGGGAAGAGGAGGACAUUAGUUUGACAGGUGGGACAACAAAGGCCCGCCUUCAAAUUAAUGAGGU